UGGCUAUCAUUGUUAUCAUACAUGCACCUUUGAUGUCACAUCUUAGAGUUCAUUAUUUCGUUUAAUCUUCUUGGAAAUGCUGACAUUGCUACCUGUCAUAUCACGUGUUUUAACAACGAACUUACUUGAACUACAUGUUCAGUACAUGAGCCUAUGUCACUGUCUUGGUGACUGUGGUCUCUAUCAACUGACAUUUGAGCACUUUUAUUUAUUGAACUGAGGACACAGUUUAAAGCUUUGCCACUGUUGUCAAGCCCUUGUAGAUUUGGAAUGUGGACUCACUGUAUUUAGCUUGGUAAAUUACAAAGUGUGACAGGUAAAAUUACAGUUCAUGGUACAUUGUGGAUCAACAGUUCUGGCUGUGGUUAGGAUACAGAAGCUGUCGUAUACUGAGUUGACAAUUGUUAACGUGUUUAUAGUUGAUUACGGAGUCUGAUCAGGGUAGAAAGCAUGUCUUAUUACUGAAGAAGCCUGUUCAUACAUUUAACUGUGUGACAGGUAAAAGUGUGUUUACCUGCAGUAUUCAGGUGUGAGCUAUUAAGGCUUGUCACCUUGUUCUCAUGUGACCCUAAGGGAUAAGAAGGUGUGUUUCACCUGAUGACAUGUGACAGUGAGGCUGAAGUGGUAAUUAGAUACUGACAGCUAUAUACAACGUACAUACAGGUAAACUAUUCCCUAGCCACAGCCCACAGGUGUGUUUCACGGAUCUCAGUAAGGAAUAUGAACAGAGAAAAAAGCAUGGAAAAGGAAGCAGACUAAGGGAACUGAAGUCUAGGAGCUUUUUUGAACGCCAGACGUUUGUUUAACCGUGUGCUGUAUUUGUCCCCCGUGUGUGUUAUUUGAACAUUGCGUUGUUGUUGUACAAACAGAUGUCCAUAGAUGUACAUACAAGGAGCAUGGCUGUAUGAGAGGGAAUUAUUUGUGUUGUACUUGUUCAGCCUUUUCCUGUGCCUGCCUCAGGUGAAGUGUCUACUGCGGAUUACAUGUGGGAUCUUUCACACAAAGAUCUUAAUGUGAUCUUUUUUGGUACGGAUCUUGUGUUGAUUCAGAUUACACGGGAGCUUUGGAUGUGACAGACUGUGUUCUGAUGAAAGAAAUUGGACAAGAAGAAGGGAAAGAAUAUCUUUUCAAUUUUACAGAGAACAGAUCCCUGUGCUCACAGCUUGGUACUGUACAUAGCAUAUGAAGGAUUUGGUCUCAGCACAUGAAACGUGUUUUGAUCACAAACUUUGAAUUCACUGGGAUGAAAAUUUUUGUCAGGAAACAACGUCACCAAAAAUCAAACAGAAAAGAAAAAGUUUUAUUGGGACAUGUUAAGAAUUGACAGUAUUGCAGAAGUGGAGUCUUAACAUCUGUGUGGAAUUCUUUUGCAAUAUUUCCUGGUUUUUAUGAUUCACAUUGAUAAACUUUACUUCAGCUUAAGCUCGACCAAAGAUUGGAAGCUUUGAUGGUCAGGAGCACAUGUACAUGGGAGAUAUGAGAACAAUCAGAUCUGACGGGAAGUGUAAGGUUUGGUUCAGUGUGAACCUAUUUUUGUGACAGUGUUAUACUGUGAUCAUUGACUGGGACAUCAGUCCUACAUUAGUACUACAUCACUAGUUUUAAGUAAUAUAAAACAAAAAAUCAUAUCAACAUGCCAAGAGUUAGUGCCCACGUCAAGGAGUCUUCUAAAGAUGGCACUUCUCCCGUCUCCAAUGGAAACCGAUCUCACGCCAAUUCCCUAAACGAGGAUGAUGGUGAAAUUGGGGAGUAUGAGCCCAAAAUCAGUAGUAGUGAGAAUUACCACACGUACCUGCAGCUGGUUCACUCACCGUCGUUGUCAGAUGAAGACGGCAAUUCCCCCACCAAACUCACUCAGGAUACCAUAGAGGAAAUGAUUUGGGAUGAGCAUGGUCAAAUGUAUACAGAAUCCCUCAAUUCGCCCUCGUUUGAGGGUGAUGGUGUGCCGGACAACAUCCAGCGCAUUGACCCAGCAGAGCGGGAACGGAUGAUGCAAGAGUGGAAGGACGAACUUCAUAAGGUGGAGGAGGAGAUUGUGACACUUCGUCAAGUAUUAACAGCCAAAGUGCGAGAGUCUGCAGAGCUGAAGCGGAAGCUGGGCAUCACCCCAUUCCAGGAGUUUAAACACGACAUGCAGAGCGGCAUCAACACAAUAAAGGAGUCCAAUACGUAUCAGAAAACAAAUGAAAAACUUCUGCAGUUAAAUGAAAAGAUCACACAAACAUCUGCAUACCAGAAGACUUCUGCUGUCGUGAAAACUGCAUCAGAGAAAACAAGCUCUGCUCUCAGCACCAUCGGCACGUCUGUGUCCCGCAAACUAGGAGAUAUAAGAAAUUCACAGACGUUCCGUUCCAUGGAGGAGAGGGUAGGCUCCACCUACGCCAAUGUUAAGGCUAAAGUGGCCGGUAGCAAGUCUGAUGAGGGAUUGGAUGCUUCCAGCAGCGAGGGGACGGGACCCCAGGACAGGAGGCCACGCCCGCAUCCUCGUCCGCUAGCACACUGCCCGAGGAGAAAGUACCUUUGUAAAUCACUGAGGUGACAUCGGAACAGUGCCACGGUGGACGGUGUAUCAUGUCAUGAAUACAAGCUCCUUGUUUUUUUUUUUGUUGUUUUUGUCCCCUCCACUGGGAUCGUUAUGUACAUAAAUGUCAGUGUUGGAAAUUCUCGCUCUGCUUUCAUGGCAGUAUGAAGUGCAGUAGGGUUUCCUUGGCGUAGGUGUGUCCUGGCAGAUACGUUUUGUGUGUCCUGGCUUAGUUGCACACACCUGCACUUGACACGCAAAUUUUAAUUGAAAGGGAUGCACAAAAUAAUGUGUAUUGUUGAACUGCAAUUAUUAAUAAUUCAGAUGUGAUUGUGUUGAAUUGUACAUAGCUGUAUAAGGAGUAUUGACUUGUCAUGUUGUAGAAACCAUUCUAUAGUAGUUACAAUUCAUUGUUCAUUCUCAGAUAGGUUGUUGAGAAAGCUGAUAGCAACCUCCUGUCACAGUUGCCUGCCCUUGAUAGCAACUUCCCGUCACAGUUGCCUGCCCUUGAGAUUAGUUACCAUCCCUGUCACUUUUACAGUAGUCGUAUUUAAUGUUGACGUUUCUCAAAGUGGGUUUGAUUUCACAGUAGUGACAAGUGCUUAGGUUUGUGCAAAGAAAAAUUUAAGUUGGGGGGAAAAAGCAGGAAAAGGGAGAGCACUGUGUGUAGAUGUUUGUGUGUGGGUUUUUUGUGUGUGUGUAGAUUGUACUUUUUUGGUUUGUAAAAAUGUUUUACAAAGCCAAACCCAAUUUAGACAUAACAGUUCAUUUAACACAAGUCCAUUCAUGUAGGGUUGCACAUCUACAUACUAUUUAGCCCUGGUUCUAUUAUACAUGUAGUUAUGAUAAUUCAGAUGGAUUAAUAAUAAAAUGACACAUAACACGUAAUGAAGUCUUUGCAUUGUGAGCAGAUGUAGUUUGGGGGUUUGUGAAUUAUAGGGUUGAUGUUUUACUUUGUAUUGUUGUUUUCUUUUUUCUCUGUUUUGCUUUUUGAGAACCCUAAAAUUGAGUAAGAAAACGUGCUUGGUAAAAAAUGCAUCUUUUUUAGCUGACCCUGUGGCUUUGUUUUAAUUUUUUUUUUAAGAGUGUUUUUGUUGAUCUCUUAAGUUUUUGGCUACCUUGGUGCAGGAUAAAUACAUUAUAGUCCUCAAAAUGCUUGUUUGUAUUGAUACUUUUUAAGUGAUUUGGACGGCAGUGGGAAAAUUGUAUUCUAUUUUGUUGCGAUAGUUUUGUGACUACAUCAUGGGGUUUACUCAGAAAAGAAGUUGAAAUGUUCUGGUUACCAUAACCGUCAGUGUAACAUUAUGCCUUCAAUAGUACUCUCCAUGGUACCUGUAGUUACAACAACAACAUGCAUGUAACUGAAUUAAAAGCUUCGUGGAAACAGACUGCUGUUUUAGCAACGUAGAAACUGGCAAUAAAAUAAACAAUUUAAACCUUGAUUCAUGCUUAGUUGGUUAAACAUGUCUAGAAUUAAACAUUUAUGGUAAAUACAUGUACACAUAAUAUUUGAAUGAUCAACAUGGUGAGCCCGACCUUAAACAUUCCCAAUCCAAUACAGGCUUAAAUACUGUAUAAGUUUGUCCAAAAAUGUCCAAAAUUUGAGGCAUUUUCAGGUUUUUAAUUAAUAUACUGCAUGUUGCUCGAAGCUUUCUGUUGUUGGGUUGUUUUUAUUGCCGAACUAUUUGUUAGUUAUUACUAUAGUUUUGUUUUUCUUAUUGUCACUUGUGAUGGUUGUCGUCUUCAUCUAGCGCAUUAAAAAACUUUAGGUGAGGGCAGCGAAGCUUUAGGAUAAAGAUGAGAGAAAGGCUUCUUGAAUUUGAAUUUUGUUUUCUGCAGAAUUUCUUUGACUUCAGCUUGUGACAUGCACUUCAAUUUAACAGAUUCAAAACUUCUAGCGUGAAGUUUGAUUUGCUUGAUUUUUGUCUGAUGUAUAACUGAUGUCUUUCACCGGUACUACAUGUAUACUUUGUAUUGGUCACAUUGUCAGUUUAAAGGAAAAACACACAAAUAUCACACUGGAAACAAAUCGAUAAACUGUUGAUCUUACAACCGGAUAGCACCAUGAAUUAGACACUUACUAACCACAGUGAAAAUUUAACCAGUGUGGUCAUCCCCAUCUAAGGAUUAAAAUUAAGCUAGGCAAACAUCAGUUUGAUAGUUUGUUUAAUGUAGACAUUCCAAACAGUUUUAAGUCUCUUAGGUGUUGUCAUAGUUCACCUAUUUGUAGCAAUGUUGUGCUCACAUUUCAUGUUAAAUUUAUUGCUUGACACGGGCUUGAUCUAUUGUGAAAUUUUGAAGCUGAUGUUAAUGUAAUUUUAUGCAAAUGUCCAACGAUGCACAGAGUGGUUGAAGUUUUUUUGAGAACACAAUAUCACAUAGUAUACUGUGGUAUGUCAUUUCUUCAGUUCUGUGUUAGCUAGCGUAAUUAAAAGUUGUCCCCCGAAAAUUUCAGCUUAAAAUGGAAAUAUGGAUGUGUGACUGAGAAUACACGUACAUGGAAGUGGUGAAAACAGAAAAAGUUUGACUCUUUUUGAGAGGGGAGAAGAUAAAAUUUGGAGGUGUCACAAAUUCAGGCUUUGGUUAAAUGGAAGGUGUACGUACCUAUGAUAUAAUGAUAACACAUAUAGUUAUAAUAAAGCAGACUGUAUAAGCUUGUAGUGAACUGUGUACACGUACCAAAGUUACCAGCCAUUCAAAGGAGCUGUGAAACAGUAAGGGUAUUGUAUAUGGUGCUUAUGACCUGAGAAAACUCAUGAAAAUUACCAUCUGUUUUGACCAGUGAAUGGCUAAAUGUUUAAACUUUCUCCUUCAGUUUAUCAGAAAAUCAGAUCACAUGAAAAUUAAGUGAAAUGCCACAGUAUUACUUGAAAAAAUGUAAGACAUUGUUUAAAACAGUUAUGUCAUAAUAGUUUUACAUGUGACUAUAUUGAAAGGAGAAACUGUGGACUUUGAUGCUGUUCUGUGAUCAUAGCAACAUAUGACGCACCCUUUACAGCUCAUCAUAACAAGUGAUACCAUUUCCAGCUUGUCAGAACGACAAGUGAUACCAUUUCCAGCUUGUCAGAACGACAAGUGAUACCAUUUCCAGCUUAUCAGAACGUCAAGUGAUGCCGGUUUCAGCUUGUCAGGACGACAAGUGAUACCAUUUCCAGCUUGUCAGAACGACAAGUGAUACCGUUUCCAGCUUAUCAGAACGACAAGUGAUGCCGGUUUCAGCUUGUCAGAAUGAAUGACAAGUGAUUUGCCAUUUUUCGCUUGACCCAUCCAUUUUGCAAUAUGCAUGUAAAAAUCUUAGAAUAUGUUCAUGUAGAAACAGAGAUAUUUAAUAGAUUCAGUAUUGCUGUGUGAUACCAUUUUGAACUGGAGUCAAAAUUAACGAUUUUGAUGUGAAGAUGAGCGGAAGUUCUACAUUAUGUCUUACAAAAGCGGCAUCUCUGUUGUUGUUUGUCCUCAUUGUGAAUAGCCCUAUGUAACUGCUGGAAUAAACAAAAUAAAAUAAAAAGAAAAGCCAUAUACAUACAUGUUCCCCAAGCUCAUGUUAUUCUAAUGUGGACUUAAUGAAUAUAUUGAACGUCAUUAAUAUACCAGGCAAAGAAAAUGUACAUCGACGUCAUUUUUAUCAACUUACUCUGUGUUUCAAUUGUAUUCACCAGUGAAAACACAGGCUUGUGGCACAUAUAGUACUAAAUGUGGUACAUUCCCUAGAAUUAGACGAUAUUUCAAUACUGUUCACUUUCGACUUGAUUGUUUUUUCUUGGAAGUAGUACAGUGUCAUAGUGGCAAUAAGUGGAUGUUCCAUAGACCACUUUGGACACUGGUUAUAUAUGUAUGCUCACAAACUGACCCUGAAAUACAGCAUUCGUCUCAAAA